AUGCAUAUUCCCACUCUAAUACCCUGGAUCUUGGCCACGGCAGCGGCCGAGCCGAUUGCCAAUGUUCUAGCAGCUAAUAGUAAUGAGCUGAGUACCUUGACUAGUCUCCUAGGUACCGUACCACAGCUGACCACUGCCCUCGCCACGGCAUCUAAUAUCACCAUCUUCGCACCCAGCAACCAAGCAUUCACCAAGGCCAUGGCUGCGAUGCCAGACCUGGCCACCAUGGCCAAGAACACCACAUUCCUCACCAACCUACUCGAAUACCAUAUAGCAAGCGGCGUGAUGACAGCCGCCAUGUUCACAAAUACUCCCCAGUUCGCCUCGACGGCGCUCACGCUGCCCUCGACGGCCUCGGGCACCAUCCGGACCCAGAUGGUCGAGUUGGUCAAGUCCAACGCCGACGCCCUGGUCGUCUCGGGCUUCCGGCAGGUGUCGCGGGUCAGCAAGGCGGACCUGUUCGACGGCGGCGUGCUGCACAUCAUCGACACGGUCCUAACGGUGCCCGAUACGACGUCGGCCACGGCGCUGGACACGGGGCUGACGUCGCUGGCCGGCGCGCUGGCUCGGACCGGCAUGGUCGCGGGUGUCGACGCCCUGCGGCAGGCGACCGUCUUCGCGCCGUCCAACGAGGCCUUCCGCGAGGUCGGCAACGUCGUCGAGUCGGCCGAUAUGGAGUUCCUCUCCUCCGUGCUGGACUACCACGUCGUCAUGGGGACGGCGGCCCACAGCACGGAGCUCAUGCAGAUGGUCGGCGCGAGCGGGGGCAGCGCAAAGCUCCUCACCGCGCAGGGAGGCAUGCUGACCGUCCGGGAGGAAAAUGGCGACUUGUACGUCAACAAUGCCAAAGUCAUCCUGGCGGAUAUGUUGACGAGUAACGGGGUUGUCCACAUCAUUGACAAUGUCAUGAACCCCUUGUCAACGACCUCGCUCCCUGAUGCUUCGAGGGAGAAACAAGCCGUGGACUUUGCCGGCGCCAGCUCUGUCAGCCAGGCUCCCUUCACGUCGGGCGUCUCCCCCACGGCGACGCUUGUGCCGGUGACCAUCGCGCGAGCUGGCGGCUUCGCGGCCAUGCCGACGGCCGCACUAAUGGGAGCCCUCGGCGCCGCGGCUGUCAUGGCAAACAUGUAG